AUGAAGGCCGGCAGCCCCGCGCGGCCCGCGCGCAAGGGCGGCCUCGCGGACCGCGGCCGGGGCGCGUCCCGGGCCAAGGCGCCGGCCGACGACGCGCUGCGCCUGCUGUACAACAUGAACGACUGCUACUCCAAGCUCAAGGAGCUGGUGCCCAGCAUCCCGCAGGACAGGAAGGUGAGCAGGAUGGAGAUCCUGCAGCACGUCAUCGACUACAUCCUGGACCUGCAGCUCGCGCUGGACGCGCACCCCGCCAUCGCCGGCCUGCACCCCCAGCGGCCCGCGCAGAGCCCCGCGGCGCGGCCGCCGCUGACCACGCUCAACACGGACAUCAGCGUCCUGUCCCUGCAGGCGGCCGAGUUCCCCUCCGAGCUGCUGCCCGGCGACAGCAAGGCGCUCUGCGGCUGAGCGCGCGGUGUCCUGGCUGUUUUUCCUCCUUUGCACAACAGCAAACCCGCGGGCGCUUUCUAAGGCGCUGAACUUAUUUUUGACCAUUUCACCAGGAGGACAGCGAGUUGGAUGGACCUUUUUAAAAACAUGGAAGGGACAUUGAGGGUGGCCACCCCCUGCCCCCCGCUGUCCUCUGCCCCGGACUGUGAUCUUAGUUAUUUAUGAAAAAAGACUUUUAAAUGCCCUUUCCGCAGCUGGAAGGUUUUCUUUAUAUACUCUUCCCACCACGGGGAGCGAACCCGGCAACAUCACAAGGAAUUACCCCACGUAAGCAGACUUUGCCUUUUCUCAAAGGUGGAGCGUGACUUCCGGAAGGAUCCAGUGUUCAGUCACUUACAUGAGUCUUUUGGUCAGAAAUUGCCUUUUUGACGCAAGCCUACUGAAUGCUGUGUGUGUAUUUAUAUAAAUCUAUGCCUAUGGAGCGAGACCUUGUGAACUCUUUCAUUGGAGUCCUGUACAGUGGCAGGGAUGUCUGUUUCUGCCUGCAGAGUGUCAUGAUGUCCUUACUCACGCUGAACUUUUUAUAAAAGUUUGGUUGUAAACUUAACCCUUUUAUACAAAAUAAAUCAAGUGUGUUUAUUGAAUGGUGAUUGCCUGCUUUAUUUCAGAGGACCAGUGCUUUGAUUUUUAUCAUGCUAUGUUAUACCUGAACCCAAACAAAUACAAGUUGAAGAUUUAUGUACACUGUAUACGAUGAUAAUAAAACAUGUCUGAGUCCAUCUCUGGAUCCGGAAUGGUUUUUAAGCGUGCUCCGGCUCGUGCUCCCUCUGGUUCCUACCGAACCCCUACUCCCUCUUC